UCUAUUUCUCUUUCUUUAACAAUUAACAUUCAAGAACAGUCAAUACAACUACCCCUGCCUUUGCCGGUGCCGGAAAGCUAGCUUCUGCAUGUGCUCCCUUCAACACUAAUCUUCUCUCUUUUCCAUUCUUCGCCUCCACCAUCAUCAUAUUCUUAACACUUUAAGCGUUCAUUGGUAAUGUUGGGUUCGGGUUCUUCUUCUUCUAAUCGUAUUGUAGCAACUUAGGUCACUAAACACCACCACAAAUCAAUGGCUCCGGAUAAUAACUGGCUCUCGUUUUCACUCUCUCCAAUGGAGAUGUUCACUUCUUCCACCUCUCAGCCUCAGCAGUAUUACUUCAACGAUAAUUUCUAUGCAAAUGGUUGGACUAACGGCGGUGGAAAGGCUUCACCGAUGUACACCGGCGACAACGGGAAUAGUCACGGGGAUGUCAAAGACGGUGGCGGCGAUUCACCGCUUUUCCGAAGCUUCAUGGAGUCCCAUAUCAACCAGCAACAAGCACCAAAGCUGGAAGACUUCCUAGGCGGCGAAACCACCCUUACACCCACCACCACCACCACCACCGCCAACACCCACUCUAUGCAGUCUUUUCGUUACACCGACGUAUCUCAGACGGAAACACAAGACUCGUCAUCGUUAACCCAUAUGUACGACGGAAGCAACUCCGUCUACUUCUCCGACCAACAAGAUCAUCUAAACGGUCUCGCGUGCACCACCGCCGGGUUCCAGACAUUCUCGACGAACUCGGGGUCGGAAGUGGACGACUCCGGUACCCAUCUGACCGAGUUUGCCGGACAGUCGAUGGAAUCCGCCGGCGGCAACGAGUUGGCUUAUGUACAGUGUCCGAUGAAUGCUUUGUCGCUAGGUAUUACCACCCAACAUGGCGCCCAGGGUUCCGAUCAGAAGCAGGCAGUCGUAGCUGUUGAUUCAGGUGAUCAGAAUAAUAACUGUAAGAAGAUCGGUGAUACUUUUGGACAAAGAACUUCGAUCUACAGAGGUGUUACUAGACAUAGGUGGACUGGUAGAUACGAAGCGCAUCUUUGGGAUAAUAGCUGUAGAAGAGAGGGUCAAGCAAGAAAAGGACGACAAGUGUACUUAGGUGGUUAUGACAAAGAAGACAAAGCAGCAAGAGCUUACGAUUUGGCUGCUCUCAAGUACUGGGGUCCCACCGCUACUACAAACUUUCCCGUUGCAAAAUACGCACAAGAAUUGGAAGACAUGAAACAUGCGACUAAACAAGAAUUCAUCGCCUCCCUAAGAAGGAAAAGUAGUGGAUUCUCAAGGGGAGCAUCGAUCUAUAGAGGGGUUACAAGGCAUCACCAACAAGGUCGUUGGCAAGCAAGAAUAGGGCGUGUUGCAGGAAACAAAGAUCUUUAUCUAGGAACUUUUGCUACUGAGGAAGAAGCAGCUGAGGCAUAUGACAUAGCAGCAAUCAAGUUCAGAGGAAUGAACGCAGUGACAAACUUUGAGAUGAAUAGGUAUGACGUGGAAGCAAUUUCUAGUAGCUCUCUUCCAGUUGGUGGAGCUGCAAAACGUCUGAAAGUGACUUCCGAGGCGGAGCAGAAACCUUCUCUGAUCAGUAACCACCACCAACUGCCGCCUUAUGGUGGCGGCAACAAUGGAAACAGUAUCAACUUUUCCGGUGCACCACCUGUUUAUGCUUUGCCAUAUGAUCCAAACUCGACAACAGCAUUGUAUCAUCAUCAAAGUUUGUUCCACCAUCUUCACUCUGGGAAUGGUGGUGCACCUGAAACUUCAGUUCCGAUGACAUUGCUGCCACCUUCAGCUGAGUUCUUCAUAUGGCCUAACCAGUCGUAUUAACAUAUGGAUUAAAGGAGACGAAAUAGAUUAUAUAGCACUAUAAGGUUGUUCUUAUGUUAUGAUGGGGUAGUUCCUUUUUCGGUGUUUCAAAUGCUGACCUUAAUCUGCUGACUGAUAUUAGUUUUUAGUGGUUUUAGUAUUAGUAAUUUAGUAUGAUCAUAGGGAGAUAACAUUUCAGUUCUUUUUUUCGUUUUGUGUUUGGGGGAUAAGUUAUACAGGUCUCAAGAAAAGAACCGGAGAUUAAUGGUUUGGGUGAACCCAUCUUUUUGGUGCAGAAACGUUAUGC